AUGGCGGGCGUCCCUCCUGUACCGGGAUCUGGGCGCGGCCGCGGAAUGACUCUUCCUGCUUGGAUGACGGCCCCAGGCGGCAAGUCUAUGCCGCCCGUUGGAACGCCGGCCGCCGGCGCGGCUCCCGGAGCAGCUCCAGCCGCCGCCGCGCCUGCCGGGGGCGGCAACGCUCCAUCGCCGUCCCCGCCUGCUCCUUCGAUCGCUCGCGACGACUCCAAAUCACCCGCCGUAAUGGGUCGCGGAGCGCCGCCCAUGCACGCGGCGGGUCGCGGUGGGCCUAUCGGCGCGCCUCCCGUAGUCGGUCCCCCGCAGCCGUCCCCCGGCGGCGGUUUGUUAAGCGGGCCUGCAGGCCGCGGACAGGUAAUCAUUUCUCCGCACCUCCCGACUUCCUCCUCUCCCAUCGCCCUCUCCCCUGUCCCCCCGUUCCAACCCCUACCUCCUUUCGUACCCCCUCCUUCUUGCUCUCACACUGUCCUUAUUCCCAUCACCCAACACCCGCUCGCCCCUCAUUGCAGUACCAGCCGCCAGGAGCGCCAGGCGCACCAGGAGCUCCGGGAGCGCCGGGAGCGCCGGGAGCACCGCCGGGAGCACCAGGCGUGGGAGCGCCGCACCUGCCGCCGGCGCCAGGGCGCACUCAGCCUCCGCCCCAGCAGCCGCCAGGGCAAGCCCCUCCGGGACAGCAGCAGGCGCAGGGGCAAGGGCCGCCGGGAGCGCCAGGCGCGCCGGGAGCACCGGGCGCACCGGGAGCGCCGGGAGCGCCAGGAGCGCCGGGCGCGCCGGGAGCGCCGGGAACAGCAGCAGCAGGGGCGGCAGGGCCAGGCGGACCUGCCCCCCCCGGCGCUCCCUAUGGCGCUCGCCCUGGCGGUCCUCCGCUUCCCCCUGGCGCCCCCCCUCAGGUGCGCACACCCUCUGCUCGCGCUGCCCCCCACCCCCUCACUUGCGCCCUUCCGCUCCUUCACUCCCUUCCCCCUUUACUCUCUAAAUCUCGGGCACUACGCCUCUCCCCAGCAGCAGUACCGCCCGCCGUACCCAGGCGCCCCUCCGCCGCGCCCCUUCCCCCCGCUUCCCCCCAACGCUCCGCCCGGCCACCUUCCCCCCUACGGCGCGCAAGGGCACCCCCCACAGUACCCGGGGCAGCACCAACCGCACCCGCAGUACCCCGGCGCCCCCGGCCAGCCCCCCCAAUACCCCGGCCAGCAGCAGCAGCAGCAGCAGCAGCAGCCGCCGCAGCAGCAGCAUCAGCAGCAGCAGCCGUACCCGUCCUAUCCUCCCAUGCCCGGUCACAUGCCCGCGCCCGGAUCCUACCCCCCCCAGCAGCACCCGCCCCAGCAGCACCCGCACUGGCAGGUGCCUGGCGCGCCUGCGUCAGGGGGAGCACAGGGGGGACCUGGCGCGGGAGGGGCGCAGGCAGCAGCGCAGGGCGCGCCUGGGGCAGGCGCACCUGCGGGGGCAGCCCCUGCUGCUACCACCGCUGGAGGGGUGCCCCUUCCCCAGAUGCCACCUCCCGCCACAGCAACUCCUGCCCCCUCGGCCGCCCAGGCCGCACCUGGGGGAGGCACAACUGCCGCCCCGGCGGGCAGCACCACCAGCGGCGCCAGCGGUACGGCGGGAGGGGCGGCGUCGGAGUGGCAGGAGUACACGACCCCGCAGGGGCGCAAGUACUUCUUCAACAAGCGCACGCAGCAGUCGAGCUGGGAGAAACCCACUGAUCUCAUGACUCCCAGCGAGCGCGCGGACGCGACAACGGUGUGGAAGGAGUUCACGACAGCGGAGGGGCGCAAGUACUUCUUCAACAAGCUCACCAAGCAGAGCACGUGGACCAUCCCUGCCGACCUCAAGGCCGCGCGGGAGAGGGCUGCUGCCGAGCAAGCAGCAGCGGCAGGCACAGCAGCUCCUCCCGCCGCCGCUGCUGCUGCUCCUGCCGCUGCCACCCCUGCUCUCCCUACAGCACCUGUGGCGCCAGUAGCACCAGUCAUGCCAGGAGCCCCUGGAGCAAUGGCGAGUGGUCCUCCCUUGCCUGGCGUCCCCCCACCUGCUGCCGCACCAGGGCAAGCAGCUCUGGGGAUGGCAGCCGCAGGGGCCGUCCCUCCUGCUGCCUACACAUACACACCUCCUCUCCCAGGGGUGGCGCCGUUGGUACCAGGCGCAGGGCCGCUGGGUGCUUCCCCUGUGCCGCCUGCUGGUGUUCCCCUGCCUGCUGCUGCUGCUGCUACCCUCACCCCGCCUCUCCCAGCUGCUGCUGCGGCCGCACCACAGGCGCAGGCACAACCCGCACAAGCUGCACCAGAGGCCAAGGGGGCACCGGCAGUGAGCAAGAUCAACAUAACGCCCGUCACGGAACCCAAGCCGCCGCCCGCCCCUGUGGGCGAGCCUGUGUACGCCACCAAGCAGGAGGCCAAGGCGGCGUUCAAGGAGCUGCUGGAGGCGGUGGGGGUGACAUCAGAGGGCACGUGGGAUCAGGCGAUGAAGAAGAUCAUCAACGACAAGCGAUACGGCGCGCUCAAGACGCUGGGGGAGAGGAAGCAGGCCUUCAACGAGUACAUAACGCAGCGCAAGAAGCAGGAGGCGGAGGAGAAGCGGUUGAGGCAGAAGAAGGUGCGCGAGGACUUCAUCGCCAUGCUGGACGAGUCCAAGGAGCUCUCCUCCUCCAUGCGCUGGCAGAAAGCGGCGCCGCUAUUCGAGAAGGACCUGCGGUGCGUGGCGGUGGAGUCGGAGAGGGAGAGGGAGGAGCUCUUCGACGACUACCUCGUUGACCUCGUCAAGAAGGAGAAGGACCGAGUGAGGGAGGAGAGGAAGCGCAACAUGGCGGAGUUCAAGCACUACCUCGAGACGUGCGGCUAUGUCACUUCCGCCUCGCACUACCGCAAGGUGCAGGACCGGCUGGAGGAGCACGAGAGCUGCGCCAAGCUCGACAAGAUCGACCGCCUUGAAGUCUUCCAGGAAUUCAUUCGUGAGCUGGAGAGGAGGGAGGAGGAGGAGAGGCAGCAGAAGAGGGAGCAACAGCGGAGGCAGGAGCGCAAGAACCGCGAUGCCUUCAGGAGGCUGAUGGACGAGCACAAGGCGGCGCUCACCCUCACUGCUCGCACCCGCUGGCGCGACUACGUCAACGUGGUGAAGGACGAGCCGGCAUACGUGGCAGUGGCAGCCAACCUGGGCGGGUCGACGCCCAAGGAGCUGUUUGAAGACGUGAUCGAUGACCUCGACAAGCAGUACAAGGAGGACAAGGACAAGAUCAAGGACCUCAUCAAGAAGAAGAAGGUGGUGGUGACGUCAGCCACCACCUUUGAGGCGUUCAAAGCUGCUCUGGGGUUCGCUCCUCCCCCUCCGCCGCCGCCCCCUCCUGCUGCUGCCGCUGAUGCUGGUGCUGGUGCUGGCACAGCAGUCAAGGAGGAGGCAAAGGAGAAGGGGAAGGCGGGAGAUGUGGAGAUGAAUGGAGUGAAAGAGGAGGGAGGCGUGAAGAAGGAAGAUGGGGUUCCAGAGGAGGGAGGAGUGAAGGAGGGAGAGGGAGAGGCAGCGAAGGUGAAGGAGGAGCCUCAGGAGGAGGGCAAGGGGGGUGGAGAGGCGGGCGCUGCUGAGGACAGCAAGACGGCAGUCAAGCAAGAGGAGGGCGACAAGGCAGUGAAGCAGGAGGCGGGCGCGGGCGCGGUGAAGCAAGAGGAGCAGGCGGAGGAGGGCAAGGAGGAGGUGAAACUGCCGCCACCGCCACCGCUGCCACCGAAAGCUGAUGAGUCGACUCCUAAGGUCGCCGAUAUGAGCCUCAAGAUCGUGUGGGAGGAUCUGGUGGAGCGAGCAGUGGAGAGGGAGGAGAAGGAGGCGCGGCGCAAGAAGCGGCUGGCAGAGGACCUUGCUGACGCGCUGAGGGGCGUCAAGGGACUCUCUGGGUCCACCACGUGGGAGGAGGCGAAACCGCUCGUCCAAUCGCUGCCUGAAUACAAGGCGAUAUCGGAGGAGGCGGAGAGGCGGAAGGUGGUGGAGGAGCACGUGGCCCGGCUGCUGCAUAAGGAGAAGAAGAGGGAGAAGGAGAAGGAGAAAGAGAAGGAGAAGGAGAGGAAGAAGAAGGAAGAGAAGGCGAAGAAAGAAGAAGAGAAGAAGGAGAAGGAAAAGAAGGAAAAAGAGGAGAGGGAGAAGGAGAAAGAGGAGAAGGAGAAGAGGAAGGAGAGAGAGCGGAAGGAGAAGGAGGAGAAGAAGGAGAAGGAAAAGGAGAAGGAGAAGGAGAGAGAGAAGGAGAAGGAAAAGGAGAAGGAGAAACGGGAGAAGGAGAAGGAGAAGGCAAAGGAGAGAGGCAAGGAGAGGAAGGGGGAGGAUAGCGAGAGUGACUCGGAGAAGGUAAGUGAGGAUAGGAGGAGCAAGGACAAGGAGAGGGCGAAGAAGGAUAAAGGCAAGGAAGCAGAGAGCAACAAAGAAGGUAAGGCGAAAGGGGAUGAGAAGGAUAAGAGGGAUGGGGCUGAUGACAAGAAGAAGAGAGAUGGGGAGAAGAAGAGGAAGGAUAGGGGGGAAUCGGAUGAGAGCGAGGGAGAGGAGGAAGAGUUAGAGGAGGGAGAGGACAGGCCUAGGGGCAGCAAGCAGGCGAGGAAGAGCGGUGAUGCGUCUGAUGAGGAAGGGGAGGAGCGCGAAAAAGUGAAGGAGUUGGAACGGUCGAAGGCAAAGGAGAAGAGGAAGGAGCACAGGAGGCGGUCUAGGAGGGAUGAGAGUGAGGAUGAGGAUGAGGAGGAUGAGGAAGAGAGGGAGAAGGGUGGGAAGAAACGAGAGAAGAGGGAUAGGGAGGAGGAGAAGGAGAAGAGUCGAUCCAAGGAUAAGCGAGAGAAGGAUGAGAAGGACGAGAAGGGGAAGGGGAAGGAGAAGGAGAAAGAUAGGGAGGAGAAGAAGAAGGGGAAGGGGAAGGACGAUAAGGAAAGGGAGAAGGAGAAGGAGAGGAAGCACAGGAGGAGGCAUCGGGAUGAUGAGGAUGAUGAUGAGGAGGAGGAGGAUGAGAAAGAAUCUCGCAAAUCCAAGCGCAGCAAGGGCAGCAGCGACCACCGGAGGUCCUCCCGCAAGGAGCAUGAGAGCAACAGCGAGUCAGAGGACAGUGGGCACAGGAGCAGGGAGCGAGAGAGGAAGCACCGCAGCAGCAAGUCCAAGAAGUCGUCCCACCGCUCGCGAGCCGAUGAGGACCUGGAGGACGGGGAAGUGGGCGCAUGA